AUGACAUUUGGGGCGUGGAACGUGAGAACGCUUCUUCAUCGAGAUGGCAACGCCUGCCCUGAACGCAAGACCGCCAUAGUAGCUCGGGAACUUCAUCGCUACCACGUAGAUGUGGCUGCUCUCAGCGAAACACAUCUUGCCGAUGAAGGAGAGCUGGUGGAAGUAGGUGCUGGUUAUAUUUUCUUCUGGAAAGGUACCGCUGCCUCUGAAACGCGACAUUCAGGUGUAGGAUUUGCCAUCAAGAAUCACUUAGUAAAGCGAUUAGAGGAGUACCCUGUACAUAUCUCGGACCGCAUUACCACACUGCGAGUUCACCUGGAUAAAGACAAUUACCUUAAUGUCAUCAGUGUAUAUCCUCCAACGCUUGACAAGUCUGAUGACAUUAAGGACAAAUUCUAUGGGGAAGUGACUCUUUGCCUUGACAGCAUAAACGCCAGAGAGCAGGUACUAUUGCUGGGCGACUUCAAUGCCAGGGUCGGUCGGGACUAUGAGGCUUGGCCUGGAGUUCUGGGUAGACACGGAGUCGGCAACAUUAACAGCAAUGGUCAGUUGCUGCUCAGUCUUUGUGCUCAAUACGGUCUAGCAAUUACGAACACUAUGUUUAGACUUGCCGCUAAGUACAAGACAACAUGGAUGCAACCAAGAUCCAAGCACUGGCAUUUGAUCGACUAUGCUAUCGUAAGGCAAAGAGAUUUCAGCCAAGUGCAGAUCACCCGUGUUAUGCGUGGUGCACACUGCUGGUCUGACCACCGACUUAUUGUCACUAAGCUACGACUCCGCCUCCGCCGCCCGCGUAGAUCUCCUAUGAAAAAGCUUGCGUCUUUGGACAUAGACAAGCUAAGAGAUCCUGAGGUGAGGAAGAACUAUGCUGAAGUUUUGUCUAAGAAGCUGUUGCCAGUUAAUGAGACAGGUGAUGUUGAUGCUGACUGGGGAGCUUUAUCAUCUCAUAUCAUGGAUACCGCUUCAAUUGCACUGGGUAGGAAAUGCCGUCGUAAUGAAGACUGGUUUGAUGGAAAUGAUGAAGUUUUGCGGGCGGCACUCGACAAACACCGUGAUCUCUUGCGACAGCACAGAAGGCGUAAAGGAAGCGUUGCGGCGGUCAAAGCUAGUGACCUCGAAUUGCGCAAGCUAUCUCGAUAA